AUGGUACUUACAGUCCACCACCUCGGCAUCUCGCAAAGCGAGCGUAUCCUCUUCCUCUGCGAAGAGCUAGCAAUCGACUACAAAAUCAUUCACCACACGCGCGACCCAAUCGGGGCUCCUGAAUCCCUCAAAAGCGUUCCCGGAAACUCCACCGGCAAAGCACCCUUCAUCGAAGACCCAGAAGCCGGUAUCACAAUGUCCGAAAGCGCCGCGAUCUGUGACUACCUCCUCGCCAAGAACGCCGCAGGAGAACUAGGAAGCCAGAAUCUCGAGAAGAAUCUCGAGAAGAAUCUCGCGAAAUCCUAUGGCGAGCCCGGAUACAUUGACUUCGUCUACUGGUACCAUUUCUCGAACGGCACAUUGCAGGCGAUGUUGACUCGCUUCACCUUUUUCGAGAUCGGGCAGAUCCCUGAAGACAACGCGGCGCAGAAGUUCUCCAUGCUUGGCCUGCACGAGACGCUCAGGGUUAUGGACGAGCGGCUCAAGAACAGCAAGUGGCUCGCUGGAGAGGACUUUACGGUCGCAGAUAUCAUGAGCGUGUACUCCCUUACAUCGAAACGGUACUUUGGGCCGCUGGUCAGCUACAAGGACUACCCAAACAUCGUGAGGUACUUGAAAGACAUUGGGGAUAGGCCGGCGUACCAAAAAGCUAUGGAGAAGGGCGACCCGCAGAUGAAGCUGUUGUUAGGCGCGGAACCACCGGGAAAGACACUGAUACAGGCUGGUGGUGUGGAGUCGGAUUUCUGGAGGAAGGAGAGCCAUAUAUAA